AUGUGUUUAAUAGAGCUGCAAAAGGAAAACAGGGCUUGUCCUGGGGCUGUUGGAUGCUCUGCUUGGUGUCCUCUGGCAGUGGAACUACUCCUGAUGUUCUUCCCAGAGCCUGCUCUUGCCUGACAGAGAGAAGGUGACUCCUUCAAACAGCAGAAGAAAUAAUUUACGGUGAUCAUCAGACUGCAACUUCAGAUUCUUUCAGUUGCGAGACAGAUCCAACCCAGCCUUGAGCAAAAAUGGAAGCUAUCAAGAAGAAGAUGCAGAUGCUGAAGUUGGACAAGGAGAAUGCCAUUGACAGAGCAGAGCAGGCUGAGACGGAUAAAAAGGCAGCUGAGGACAAAUGUAAGCAGGUAGAGGAUGAGCUGGUUGCUCUGCAAAAGAAGUUGAAAGGAACUGAAGAUGAGCUGGACAAGUACUCAGAGGCUCUCAAAGAUGCCCAGGAGAAACUGGAGCAGGCUGAGAAGAAGGCCACUGAUGCCGAAGGGGAGGUGGCAGCUCUGAACAGACGCAUCCAGCUCGUGGAAGAGGAGUUGGAUCGUGCCCAGGAACGACUGGCCACAGCCCUGCAGAAACUGGAGGAGGCUGAGAAAGCAGCAGAUGAGAGCGAGAGGGGAAUGAAGGUGAUUGAGAACAGAGCAAUGAAAGAUGAAGAGAAAAUGGAGAUUCAGGAAAUGCAGCUGAAGGAGGCCAAGCACAUUGCCGAGGAAGCCGAUCGCAAAUACGAGGAGGUUGCCCGUAAACUGGUUAUUUUGGAGGGUGAACUGGAGCGAGCUGAGGAGCGUGCAGAGGUGUCUGAAGUUAAAUGUAGUGACCUUGAAGAGGAGUUAAAGAACGUCACGAACAACCUGAAGUCUUUGGAAGCUCAAUCUGAAAAGUACUCGGAAAAAGAAGAUAAAUACGAAGAAGAAAUCAAGAUUCUCUCUGACAAGCUGAAAGAAGCUGAAACUCGUGCUGAAUUUGCAGAGAGAACCGUUGCCAAACUGGAAAAGUCUAUUGAUGACCUGGAAGAAAAACUUGCCCAAGCCAAAGAGGAGAACCUGGGCCUGCACCAGACACUGGACCAGACGCUAAACGAACUGAACUGUAUAUGAGAGGCAGGGACCUGCCCGUGGCCAAGGAACUGCCCCAUCCCUGCAGCGCUCCUCUCUCCUUCUUUCUCUCUGUAUCCUGGGAAAGCCAAUUAAGUUAUGACCAGCACAGCCACGCCGGAGGCUCUGGGUGUCACUCGGGGACCUUUUUCCCCCAGACCUCCCCAGGGAGCCCCCGUGGAGCCCCUGCGUGCCCCACCCGUGGCUGCCCCGCACGGUUCAUGACUCCUUUUGUAUAACCUGGUAGAAGCUGUACCCGGGCAGUGGCGGCACCGCCCGGCCCUGCCCUUCCAUAUUAAAAAUUUCUCUCCGAA